AUGACUUCUAAUAAUAUAGAGGUCCUCGUUCAGAGGUUGAGCUCUGCAGACACUGAUCUCAAACUCAAGGUCGAUGCUGCCGUUCAAUUGCGCGAUGGCCUCGAGCAUUACAUCACCGGUCCCAUAUAUCCGGCAUUCUUAAGGAAGCUCAUGCCAAUUUUUAUAAAUUGCUUGAAGGGUCCUCCUGUAUUUAUUAGCACUAAUUUAGAGCAGAAACUUCGAUGUUGCGUCCUGGAGAUACUUCAUCGUCUACCAACGAACCCCCCGGAAUCAUUCGAGCCAUAUGCGGUGGAAGUGGUGGAUCUUUUGAUAAGUCUAGUCCGAAUAGAUAACGAGGAAAAUGCUACGCUAUGUGUCAAGACCAUCAUGGACAUCAUGCGAAGUCAGACCAAGGUUUUGCAAGACAAAGUGCAGACGUUUCUCGGUCUCAUUCAAGAUCUUUUUGACCAGAUGGAUUCGGUUGUUCGUGACCAACUCGAUAAUGUAGCCACCGGAUCUAACCCCUCUGGUGUUCCGUCCACACCUGGAAGUUCGCAGACAUUUCAGAAUUCCCCUCGGCCUGGCUCGCCUGUUACCACUGGAGACAUCGGUCAAGAUCCACAACAGCAGACGCGCAAACUACUGAAAGGGAUGCAGUCAUUCAAAGUCCUUGCUGAAUGUCCCAUCAUUGUCGUAUCGAUAUUCCAGGUUUAUCGCAAUUCCGUGCCUCAGAAUGUCAAACUAUUUAUACCGCUCAUCAAAAGCGUGCUGUUACUCCAAGCCAAACCACAGGAGCAAGCUCAUAUUGAAGCAGCGAAAAGAGGUACAAUAUUCACAGGUGUUAGUCCGGAUAUCAAGAAUCGAGCGGCUUUUGACCAACUCCUUGAUGAAAGGACACUUAUCGGCGAUGGCUUGACUGUGUAUGAAACGAUGCGACCCCUGGCCUACAGCAUGUUAGCCGACCUUAUUCAUCACGUUCGAGAUGCAUUGGAACCCGGCCAGAUUCGAAAAACAGUUGAAGUUUAUACUCGGAACCUACAAGAUAGUUUUCCUGGGACAAGCUUUCAAACUAUGAGCGCAAAGUUAUUACUCAAUAUGGCUGAAUGUAUUGCAAAAAUGCCUAGCAAGACAGAUGCUCGCCACUAUCUAAUAAUGAUACUUAAUGCCAUUGGAGAUAAGUUUGCAGCCAUGAAUCGCCAGUAUACCAAUGCAGUCAAGCUUUCAAAGCACUAUUCCCAGCAUACAAUCGACGCUGCCCCCGAAAAUUAUUUAGCAGACAAGGAUAACCCACCAGACUGGGACGAGAUUGACAUUUUUUCGGCAAUGCCUAUCAAGAUUUCGAAUCCUCGUGAUAGGGGCGCAGAUCCAGUAGCCGACAACAAAUUUCUGUUCAAAAAUCUUAUGAAUGGCCUGAAGAAUACAUUCUACCAAUUGAAGGCCUGCAACGGAGGUUCCCCAAUUGAGCUAGCGAAUGCUCCUCCACAUUGGGCAGAGGUGUCACCACGGAAACCUGCGACAGAAUCGCAAUACUCGUCCCCUGUUGAAUUCAUGGCAAACCAUUAUAUGGUAUCUAGCAGCAAGGAGGAAAAGGAUCUCCUUGAAACUUUUGCCACAGUCUUUCAUUGUAUAGAUCCGGCCACAUUUCACGAAGUAUUUCAUGAAGAAAUACCCAAGCUUUAUGAAAUGAUCUUUGAGCAUACAGCUCUUCUCCAUGUUCCUCAAUUCUUCCUCGCUAGUGAGGCAACUUCACCAAGCUUCGCCGGAAUGCUAUUACGAUUCCUUAUGGACCGCAUUGAUCAAGUUGGUACCGCUGAUAACGAGCAGGUUCUAUUGCCACACGUUGUUAACAUUGUGACAAAGUCCAUCGAGCUUUCGACUACUGCCGAGGAGCCCUUGAACUAUUUCUUACUACUGAGAUCACUUUUCAGAAGUAUUGGAGGUGGAAAAUUCGAACAUCUUUACAAGCAAAUUUUACCUCUUUUGGAAAUGCUACUAGAAGUCCUCAAUAAUUUACUUAUGGCUGCUCGCAAACCAGCAGAUCGGGACCUUUACGUAGAACUUUGUUUAACAGUACCGGCACGAUUGAGCAACCUUCUGCCUCAUCUUAGCUACUUGAUGCGCCCUUUAGUAGUGGCUCUACGCGCAGGUUCUGAUCUCGUUGGUCAAGGUUUGCGAACUCUGGAACUAUGCGUGGACAAUCUCACGGCAGAUUACCUAGACCCAAUAAUGGCGCCAUUGAUCGGCUCCAAGAAGGAGAAAGCUUUUCCUGUCGAGAUAGGAAUCGACCUCGCAAUCGGAAAAUUGAUGGAGGUUCCGAAGGGUGCUGCUGCUAAAAAAUCAGAUCCUCAUUACAAGAAGCAAGCGCUUGCUAUGGUCAAAGCUCAGCUCAAGUUGCGACUGGGCGCAGAUAAUCUUCCGGAUGACUUUCCUCGUCUCGUAAGGCUCCAGGCACAAGAUCUUCUUUCUAAAAAAUCAGAUGCAGACCUAUCACUUUUCGAAACUCCUGUCAGAGAUCGGUCUGAAACUAAGAAGAUGCAACAAGAUGUCAUGCUGAAGAAACUUUUCAAGGCUUGCAUAUUCGCAGUAUCCCUUCCAGACUUCUCGGCAGAAGCUACCGCUCUCUUGUCCAACAUUUGUAAACACGUUACGAUUAUCGAAGUCGCUAGAUCAUUAGGUGACAUGAAAGUGAGAAUGAAGCCGUUUGAUGUCAAUGCAGGAGAAGGCCCUCCUUGCAUUGACAGCAAAGUUCUGGGGGAUGCCAUCGUCGAAUCUCUCGCUUCCGAUUUGCCUGCUGUGCGUGAUGCCGCCAAGUUUGCUGCCCAAGAGGUCUACGAUUCGACAUCGACCAUCUUUGGGUCCAAUCGCUUCAUUUACAGAUUGUCUUUUUUUAGCCAUUUGAGUAACGUCUUCUGUCACAGCUGCUAUCAGGAAGAGUGGUUCACCAAAACCGGUGGUAGUUUGGGUAUUAAUCUCAUGCUAACAAAAUUCGAUCUCGGUGAUAGCUGGAUGUUGGAAAAGCAAGUUGAGUAUACUAAAGCUCUCAUGCAUGUUGUCAAAGAUAUGCCCCCUGAUCUGCCAGCGAAGACUCGAAUUGCUGCUCAGAAUACACUGGAACUCCUUCUGAAGCGAUGCGCCGGCAAAUCUUCUAAAGCUGAUCUUCAACCUUCGUCACAGCCUGGCCAACCUUCACGACCAUCUAAGCUACUUCAACUGUGCAACUUUUUCAAUGCUGAGGUUUACCACAUGAAUGGUCAUGUUCGUGAAACCGCCAGGAAAUCCUUGGAGAUUAUCGCGAAGGAGAUUGGGGUUGAAGUGUACGAGCUUCUUGCCCACCAGCAGGAUCGAAUCUUGGCUCCCAUUUAUAACAAACCUCUCAGAGCUUUGCCAUUUGCAACCCAAAUUGGAUAUAUCGAUGCCGUCAAUUAUUAUAUGAGUCUGAAGAAUGACUUCCUUGCCUUUGAUGACACUUUGAACAGACUGCUUAUGGAGUGUUUGGCGUUAGCUGAUGCACCAGAUGAGUCGCUAGCGCCCAAACCCACCGAAUAUCGAACACAUGAGCAUAUUGUCACUCUCAGAGUCUCUUGCAUAAAGACCUUGACAACUGCCAUGGGAUUUGAUGACUUUCAAAAAGGUCCGGCUAGUCCUACUCGAACUAGGAUUCUUCCCAAGGAUCUCCUUCAAAACGGCCUCCGACCGGUAUUGGCUAAUCUUCAAGAUCCUAAACGGUUGACCACUCAUGGUCUCGAUGGGCUAGCACGAUUGCUUCAACUUCUGACAACAUAUUUCAAGGUUGAGAUUGGUGCCCGCCUGUUGGAACACAUUAGAAUACUUGCAGACCCAAACUCUUUUCAACGUAUCUCGUUCACUCUCGUAGAGCAAAACGAGCAGAUGAAGAUUAUUGCAGCCAGCUGCGGAGAUAUGGGUGCAGAAAACAGAGAGACCCGAUAUGCAGCCGUCAUUAAUGCCAUCAAUGUCAUGCACUCCAUCUGUAACUUCAAGGGAACCGAACUUUGGAUGGAUAAAAAAGAGAACUUAAUGUGGUUCAGGCUAGUUGGCAAGAACCUUGAGCAGCACCUACGCACUAAUACUCUUCCACAAAAUCUUCGACUGGCGGCAGAACAAGCAGGACAACAACUUAUGAUCAUCUUCACAAAGUUCCUGGAAUACAAUCCCCGUGACCUAGAUUCAUUCUUCAAUCUAAUCGAGUCGGUAACAGCUGAAGAUUUCAAGCCCAACCAGCCAAUCUUUGAUUUCAUUUACAAGUCUAUAAUCUGUAGCGAAUCGAUCGAAUAUCGCAAAGCUAUUGUCCUGCGAAGUCUGGAGAUCUACGUCGGUAAAUCUGCAACGCAGAGAAACAAAACAUUCCUCCUCCACAAUCUUGUCAAUCCAAUCAUCGCCAUGGACAUUAUGCGCAACUUUCAGCAGCCAUUAUCGGCCAAGAGUCCUCGACUCAUAGACAGGACGAUUAUCGAAUCGAUACAUACCAAAGUUUGGAAGGUCGGGCUGCCAGAUCCAAGUGAUGAUCUCACACAGCCAGGAAUCGAUCAUACUCGGAUGGAGGUGUUACAAUUGACAGCAAUGCUCGUGAAAUACAAUCAUUCCAUCCUUCAAGAAGCCAGGAAAGACAUCAUUAAGUUUGGUUGGGGCUACAUCAGGCUCGAGGAUGUCAUUAACAAGCAUGCGGCAUAUGUCGUCAUUGGAUAUUUUAUUGCACACUACGAAACACCUGCCAAGAUUGUCCAACAAGUAUACUUUUCUCUUCUCAAAACGAAUCAAAAUGAAGGACGGGCUUUGGUCACUCAAGCAUUGGAAUUAAUUGCGCCAGUCCUACCCAAACGUUGCAAUGCUGUACCUGGAGAUCGCAACCCCGUAUGGGCUGCUGCUCCACGCCGCAUACUCGCGGAGGAAGGCAACAAUGUACAGCAGAUGACAAGCAUUUUCAAUUUCCUUGUGAAACAUGCAGAUCUUUUUUACGAAUCUCGUGACAAGUUUAUCAAUCUCAUAAUUGGCUCCUUGCGAAAAAUUGCGUUGCCGCAAACAAAUCCAAAUCCGUCCAACGAGAGCAAAAAGUUGGCACUGCAUUUGAUGUCGUUGAUAUGGCAGUGGGAGGAGCGCCGCGUCCAGGGGAAGUCAGCUUCUCCAGAAAGGUCUCUGUCCGAAUCUCCAAAUACAAAGAAAAGAAAGCUCGACAGUCUCAACGAGGCUCAGACUUCCUCUCCGUCGCCAUCCAGACCUGGAGCUGCUUCUGCGAAUGAUAAGCCAGAGUAUCUGAUACCAUCUGUGAUGCGUGCAAAGAUGAUCAAGUAUCUUGUUGAAUUCAUUGCCUCGCUCAAUGAACGAUACCCUCUACCAUCUGCCCGAAGCCGAGAUACAGCAACGUCUCACGGACCAGCACAGCCAACUCCUUCUGUGGAAAUCUGCAAGAAAUCUUUGGCUUUACUUUGGAAUCUUUUACAGCCCCAGUACUGGGGUGAUCUUGACAUUGAUCUUUUCCCGAAUGUUACGAAAGAAGUCCUCGCAAGUGACAAAGCGACAGCGGCGCUUGCAAACGAACGCCCUGAUAAGGACAAGCCGGAUGACAAAUUUAUCACAAAUAUUGUCAAUACACUGCAAGUUGUUCGGAUUGUUGUCAACGUAAAGCCGGUCAAGUGGAUUCUUGAGAAAGUGCCAGAAAUCCAACAUAUUCUAGAGAAGGCACUUAAAUCCGAUAACCCAGAGAUUCAAGAUUGCUUGCAUGCUGGCAACGAGAAAAUCGACGAUGGACGGAAAUUGAGUCCUCUGCUCAAGCGUAUUUUAGAGGCAGUUCCCGAUGAUACCCCGAUGGAAGAUGCAGACGCAGAGUCGGAACCGGAAGCCUCAACUUCUGAGAUCAUAACUUUCCUAUCUGCUAUAGCUACAGAGACGCUCCAGGCUAAUAACUAUAUAUCUGGUCUCAACAUUCUCUGGACUCUAGCGCAGAGAAAAGCAUCGGAAAUGGAUCAGCAUAUCCAGCAAGUCAUGAAAGCUUUGCAGCAGAAAUUGGCGCGUGAGCAUGUAGGUCAUUACCAAGCAUUAGCGGGUCAAGGUACAAUUCCUCCCCCGAUACGAUCUGGUGAGGUUGAACCUGUUGGCAUCAUGACACCGUACGAUCUGGAGAUUCAAACUGGGCUUACUCUCAAAGCCAUUGACAUAAUAUCCUUACGCAUGGAUACUCUUGCUGACAAUCGCCGUCCAUUCCUGAGCGUCCUCGCAACUUUGGUAGAGAAGUCUUUGAGUAAUACAUUAUGUCUCAAAAUCUUGGAUAUGGUAGAAGGCUGGGUCUUCAAGUCAGAUGGCUCCUGGCCUACUUUGAAAGAGAAGACUGCUGUACUGCAUAAAAUGUUGACUUUUGAGCAGCGUACGGAUCAGACGUUGUUGAUGAAGUUCUUGGAACUCGUCAUCCGCAUUUAUGAAGAUCCGAAAAUUACGCGCACCGAACUGACAGUUCGCAUGGAGCAUGCUUUCUUAAUCGGCACAAGAGCACAAGACGUAGACAUGCGAAAUCGAUUCAUGGCUAUAUUUGACAGAAGUCAGUCCAAGACGGCAAGCACAAGGCUCAAUUAUGUCAUCAUUGGACAGAACUGGGAUACUCUCGCAGAUUCUUAUUGGCUAGCGCAAGCUUCUCAAUUGCUUUUAGGUGCUGUGGAUUCUAACCACUCCAUCCACUUGCAUUCGGAUGACUUCAAGGUGAUGCCUGCUUCAGUACUUUAUGAGACUUAUGCUAAAGACAAUCGAACUCCUACUUUGCCACAAGACAAUAGAUUUGACAGUCUCAUGGCAUCUCACAGACGCUUUGUUGCUGAACUAGGAGAUGUCAAAGUACGAGAUAUCGUUGAGCCUCUGAGCCAACUUCAACAUCUUGAUCCAAACAUGGCUCACGAGAUAUGGGUAGCUUUAUUCCCAAUAUACUGGAUUGCCACGCCAAAAGAUGAACGAAGCGAACUGGAACGAGGCAUGGUGACUCUACUCACGAGAGACUAUCAUUCGCGUCAAAUCGAUCGACGACCCAAUGUGGUGCAAUCUCUCCUGGAAGGUGCAGCUAAAGCAUGGCCCGAGUGUAAAUUACCACCCCACGUACUCAAGUUUCUGGCAAAGACCUACGAUGCUUGGUACACAGCCCUCGUACAACUUGAAAAAGCUGCUAUUAAACCUGAGAUUGAAAGCGAAUUGGUUCGGGAAAGCAAUCUCGAUGCCCUUGUUGAACUGUAUUCUGGGCUUCAGGAAGACGAUCUUUUCUACGGAACUUGGCGCCGCCGCUGUGCAUAUGUCGAGACUAAUGCUGCUCUCUCAUACGAACAGAACGGAAUGUGGGAUAAAGCUCAAACGAUGUAUGAGCAUGCUCAGAUUAAGGCACGAACAGGGGCACUUCCCUUUUCACAAGGAGAGUACAUACUAUGGGAAGAUCACUGGGUUUUAUGUGCCCAAAAACUUCAGCAGUGGGAAGUUCUUCAAGAUUUUGCGAAGCACGAGAAUUUCCCAGACUUGCUUCUUGAGAGUCAUUGGAGGCAAUUUGACAUUUGGCAAGAGGCUGAGAGUCGUGAAUCGCUAGACAACAUCAUAAAAGGUGUCAUGGAUGCGCCAACGCCAAGGAGAACAUUCUUCCAGGGUUUCAUGUCUUUGCUCAAGCUACACAAGAAGACUGAAACACAAGCAGAUUUCAACAAAGUCUGCGACGAAGCGAUCCAACUUUCAAUCCGCAAAUGGCACCAAUUGCCCAAACGCAUUACCAACGCUCACAUUCCACUGCUCCAAAAUUUCCAACAGCUUGUGGAACUACACGACGCUAGUGUUAUAUGUCAAAGCUUAUCGCAGACUACCGCUGCCAACCUCGAUGUCAAAUCGGGUGAACUGAAGCUUUUGUUGGGAACUUGGCGCGAUCGACUACCAAAUGUCUGGGACGACAUCACAGCUUGGCAAGACCUUGUCACAUGGAGACAGCAUAUUUUUGCUCUAAUCAACUCAACCUACUUGAACCUUCUUCCUCAGCAAGCUCCAAAUGCCAAUGGCGCAUCCUUCGCCUAUAGAGGUUACCAUGAAACUGCUUGGAUCAUCAAUAGAUUCGCACAUGUAGCCCGAAAGCAUAAUCUACCUGAGGUUUGCAUCAACCAACUAAGCCGGAUCUACACGUUACCAAACAUAGAGAUUCAGGAGGCUUUCCUCAAGCUCCGAGAGCAAGCAAAGUGUCACUACCAAAACCCUAACGAGCUGAACAAUGGUUUAGAUGUCAUCAAUAACACCAAUCUGAAUUACUUUGGCCCUACCCAAAAGGCCGAAUUCUAUACUUUGAAGGGAAUGUUCCAGGAAAAGCUCGGGUUACGUGAUGAAGCAUCCGAAGCUUAUGGAAUGGCAUUGUUUUUUGAGAUCAAGCUUCCAAAGGCCUGGGCUGAAUGGGGUUAUUUCAAUGAUCGCUUGUUCAAAGCGAAUCUAACUGACUACACGUUUGCCAGGAAUGCCUUAAGUUGUUACUUGGAAGCAGCCGGGUUGUUUAAGAAUGCGAAGUCUAGAAAACUCCUCACAAGAAUUCUCUGGUUAUUGAGCCUCGAUGAUGCUGAAGGUACACUUUCGAAACAAUUUGAUGAGUACAAAGGGGAAACACCGGUCUGGUAUUGGAUCACAUUCAUCCCUCAACUUCUCACGGGAUUGGGACACAAGGAAGCUGCCAAGGCACAUCUUAUUCUGUCUAAAAUCGCCAAACAGUACCCUCAAGCGUUGUUCUUCCAGCUUAGAACAAAUCGUGAAGAUAUGCUUGCUAUCAAGAAGACGCAGGAAAUGAAGGAGGCUAAGAACAAGAGAGCCCAGACUCAAGCCCAAAACCAGGCAUCGAACGGUAGCUCUAACCUCAAAACGGAAAUCGCCAACGGCGCAAGAUCUGAAAGUGCCUCCGCAUCACGGCCUGGGACUGCAAGUGCCGAAGCUGCUCCUUCGAUCAAAACAGAGCCUGGAGAAACGAACGGAAAUGCUGCCAGUACAAACAGCGCUCCUGUCAACGGGGCACCUGCUAAUGGCGCGGCGAGUGCUUCACAAGAUGUCACAACAUCCCAGGCACCCCAGAAGAGACCUCCUUGGGAGUACACCGAAGAAUUGCUAGGAACUUUGAAAACAGCUUUUCCAUUACUGGCACUUUCCAUGGAAGCAAUGGUUGAUUCUAUUCAAAAGAAUUUCAAAUGUCCACCUGACGAGGAUGCAUACAGAUUGAUAGUAGCCUUACUCAAUGACGGGCUUUCUUAUGUUAGCCGUACCCCAUCUUCGUAUGCUAAGGACACUAGACUGCCGCCAGCGACAGAAGCAAACAUCACUCGCUUUGCAGAAACUAUUCUCCCCCCUCACAUUAGAACUUCGUUUGAACAGGAUUUCGUUAGACACAAACCUACAAUGUUCGAGUAUAUUCACAAGCUUAGAAUAUGGAGAGAUAAGUUUGAAGAGAAACUGGAUCGUCGCACCCUGACAAUGCCACUUGAAGGGUACAACUCUUACCUUAUCGAUUUCCGUUUCCAAAAACUCGAUGAGAUAGAAGUCCCAGGGCAAUAUCUUCUCCAUAAAGACAAGAACCAAGACUUCGUUCGCAUUGAACGAUUCAUGCCUGAUGUGGAUCUCGUGCGUGCAAUUGGGGUCUGCCAUCGUCGUAUUAGGAUUCGUGGCCAUGAUGGAAGUCUGCAUCCUUUUGCUAUACAGCAUCCUGCGGCACGACAUUGUAGAAGGGAAGAACGCAUUUUGCAGUUGUUCAGGCAUUUCAAUGGUAGCUUAAGCAAACGAAAGGAAAGCAGAAGACGUAAUCUGAACUUCCAUCUACCGUUGAUGAUUCCUCUUGCACCCCAUAUCAGAAUGGUGCAAGACGAUCCAACCUAUAUCUCAUUACAGGGAGUGUACGACGAUCACUGCAGGAGAAAUGGAGUUACUAAAGACGCGCCAAUUGUGUUCAAUAUGGAAAAGCAAAAACUCUUAUUCGAUCAAAAACAAAAGACAUCUAUCGAACAUUCUGCCACGGCAAAACUCGAGACUUUUGCUGCUAUUCAAGAACGAUAUGUUGGCCCAUCACUUGUUCUUGGAUAUUUUACGAAAACCUACCCAUCGUUCUCCGAAUUCUGGCUAUUCCGAAGACAGUUCUCUUAUCAAUAUGCAGCUCUUACAUUUAUGACGUAUAUUCUACAUAUGCAUAAUCGUUAUCCUCAUAAGAUCACAAUUUCACGUGCCACAGGAAACAUUUGGGGAUCUGAAUUGAUGUCGUGUAUGGCAGCAGGCAAAGCACUUUUCCACAACCCUGAGCCUGUACCAUUCCGUCUCACUCCCAACAUUCAGACACUUAUGGGACCAUUGGCUACUGAGGGUAUUUACAGUUGUGCCAUCAUGGCUAUUGCGCGAUGCCUCACUGAACCUGGGUUUGAACUCGAACAGCAACUCUGUCUUUUCGUACGCGACGAAAUGAUAUUCUGGUUCACGAGCAGCCAUAGAACUACCACCAAAGACACUGAUUUGAGGGAUGCUGUUCAGAUAAAUAGUGAUAUGAUCGUUAAGAGGGCAUUGAGCAUAGCUAAGUCGCCAGAAGGUGCGUUACCUGCUAACCAGACGGUUAUUGACUUGAUUGCCAAGGCAGUCAAUCCUAUGAACCUUGCGCAAUGUGACGCUCUAUGGAUGCCAUAUCUAUAA